UCUCACUCAUCAGCAACUCGCAACAUCACCAAGUAUCCAUGACAUCUUACAGGGCUUAAUUGAUUCGGAGUGGACACUUGAGAGGCUUUCACUCAACUGCAACUGCUUCUAUCUGUCAUCCAAAUCGCAAAUAACCGGACUGUAUAAAGCUGCAAUUCACAUUCUGAUACCAUCCCCGAAGGCCCACAUCCGAAAAGCGACAGAACAGAUCGCAUCAACAUCUCAGCUCAACCCUCGCACCCAGAGAACGCUCCAUCGAAACCAAACCUCAUAGUCAAAAUGCCCAAACCAAAGAAAGCCCCAGCAAUCAACGGCAAGCCAGCUCAAGCUUCCACACCAUCAGCAGCAGCACCACCCGCCAGCAGCGCCCCGCCCUCCUGGCCCCCCUUCAAGCCCUCUCUCCCCAUCACCGACCUCACCUUCGACACGCUCGUGGACGACAAAGUCGUCGUCCUUCGGAACUUCUUCCCCAAAUCUCUAUGUCGCGAAUACGUCUCCUUCCUGAGCACGCUCCCACUGAUCACCACGCCUGGGAAACCCAAGCGGGGGAUGGCGGUGCGAGUCAAUGAUCGGUUCCAGAUUGACGAUCAGAAGUUUGCGGAUAGGCUGUGGUAUGAGACGGGGUUGAAGGAGGCAGUUAUGGGGGGUGGGUUGGAGCAUUUGUGGGGUGGUGAAGUCAUUGGCCUGAACCCAAACAUCAGGAUAUACCGAUACACAAAGGGACAGUUUUUUGAUGCGCAUUACGACGACUCAAACAAAAUCACCCUCACCCUCCCCCCCUCCGACGAUACCCCAAGCCCGAACCGACAACAAGUCCCCGCCAAAACGACCUGGACCUUACUGCUUUAUCUCACCUCCGCCAGCGAAGGGUGCAUGGGCGGCGAGACCGUCUUUUACCCUCACGACCGGCAGGUGGCAAAGGAAGCGAUUGCCGUAGCUCCGGAGACGGGUAUGCUGUUACUGCAUAAGCAUGGGAACGACUGUAUGUUGCAUGAGGGCAGGGAAGUGACGGCGGGCGAGAAGUGGAUUAUUCGGACGGAUUUGUGUGUCGCUAGAGGAGGGAGGUGAGAAGCGUAUGCGCGAGAAGGUUGAGGUGAUGAAUCCU